AUUUCUUCAAGAUGUAGUUAAUAUGUUAGCACCUAUAGAAAAAAUUACACAUCGUGUUUCUGGUGCAAGCUAUCCAACUUUUAGUGCUUUUAAUAAAGGAGAAACUAAAGAGCAAUAUCUUGGUCUAAUUUAUGGCAGUAUUACUGAUGAAAACGAUAAUACUGAUAAUAGCUCAAGUUCAAUUAGUGAUGGUGAUAAUACACCAAGUUGUGGAACUCAUAAGCAUUGGCAAUAUGCAUAUAGACAGUUUCGGCAACAUAUACAAAGAGGAAGAGCUCAACAAUCUACCAAUGUAAAUAAUAAUAAUGCAAUAGAAUAUUUACCUUCUAUUGAUCCAAAUGGAUUAUUGCAAAGAGUUCGUGCUGCCAUAUAUUUAUCUCUGGAUGAACUUUGGGCUAUACCUUCUGAUAUUGCUUUAAUUACAUCUAUUUUGGAUCCACGAUUCAAAACUUUUCAAUGGGCUCCUAAUCAAUUUGCAUAUGCUAAAGGAUUACUUGAAAGGGCUUAUAUUGAAAUGAAAACAGCCUUGGAAUUAUUAAGUUUAAAUAAA